GUCUGGCCUGGCAAUCGGUUGUGGUUUUGCAAUGAGUCCGAUUUGCUGUGCACUGUGUUUCAUAGCAGGGUUUUUAGCCCUGGUCUACGUAUUCCUCACCUGGAACUUCGACUACUGGAGGAAGCGAGGCAUCCAGACGGCCACUUCAUGGCCAUUUGUGGGCAGUUUUCCCAGCAUUUUCACCCGCAAACGUAACAUUGCUUACGACAUCGAUGAUAUCUAUCAGGAGUACAAAGAGACGGACAAAAUAGUGGGUGUGUUCACCACUCGACGUCCCCAGCUGCUGGUUACGUGUCCGGAAUAUAUACACAAGAUUUAUGCCACCGACUUCCGUAGUUUCCAUGACAAUGAGCGGGGCAAUUUUGUGGACAAAAGGGUGGACAAAAUUCUGGGCAACAAUCCGUUUGUCCUCAAGGGCGAUGAAUGGAAAGAGAGAAGGACGGAGAUCACGCCAGGACUGUCGCCUAAUCGAGUCAAGGCUGUUUAUCCCGUCUCGCAAAGUGUGUGCAAAAAGUUUGUGGACUACUUAAGGCACCAGGGGAGAAUGGCCACCUCCACCUCCCAGGGAUUGGAUGCAAUGGAACUGUCCCUUUGCUACACCACCGAAGUGGUUUCCGACUGCGUCCUGGGCAUCUCCGCACAGAGUUUCACGGACACCCCCACACCCCUGGUGGGAAUGAUCAAACGCGUGUUCAACUCGUCCUUCGGAUUCAUCUUCUACAGCAUGGUGGCCAACAUAUGGCCACCCAUUCAAAAGUUCUACAGCGUGGCCCUGUUCACCAAGGAAGCGGAGGACUUCUUCUUUGACAUCAUGAGGCGAUCCAUUAAUUUGAGGCGCGAAAAGUCGGGCCAACAACGCGACGACUUCCUCAACUACAUGCUGCAGUUGCAGGAGAAAAAGGGAUUGGACACGGCAGAGCUCACCUCCCACACGAUGACCUUCCUCACCGACGGAUUUGAGACCACGGCACUGGUCCUAUCCCACACUCUGCUCUUGCUGGGACGACAUCCCGAGGAGCAGCAAAAGGUGCGGCAAGAAAUUGGCCACGGGGAACUGAGUUUCGAGCAGCUGACAGAGCUGCCCUACCUAGAAGCCUGCAUUCAUGAAACACUGCGUUUGUUUUCUCCGCAAGUUGCAUCCCGAAAACUGGUAACCGAACCCUACGAAUUCGUGAACAAGGAUGGUGUAACUUUGAAAUUGAAACCAGGCGACGUGGUCAUCAUACCCGUGAAAGCUCUGCACCAUGAUCCGCAGUAUUAUGAGAGUCCGGAAUCCUUUAGGCCAGAGCGCUUCCUUGAGGUCAACGGAGGUGUGAAGAAAUAUCGGGAUCAGGGGGUCUUUCUCCCCUUUGGCGAUGGACCGCGCAUCUGUCCAGGCAUACGAUUUGCACUUACUCAACUCAAGGCAGCACUGGUGGAAAUCGUUAGGAAUUUCGACAUCAGAGUUAAUCCCAAGACCCGCUCAGAUGAUCGACUAGAUGAUACCUUCUUUAUGGCCACCCUAAAAGGCGGCAUUUUUCUGGAUUUCAAAGAGCGAUCAUCCGCGUUCGCGAGCGGUUGUGCCAUGUGUCCGAUUUCUACAGCUCUGUUCGUAGUCGCGGCCCUUCUGGCCUUGAUCUACAUAUUCCUCGUGUGGAACUUUAAUUACUGGAAGAAGCGAGGCAUUCCGUCGGCCAAAACUUGGCCUUUUGUGGGCAGUUUUCCCAGUGUUUUUACCCAGAAACGAAAUGUGGUCUACGACAUCGAUGAGAUCUACGAGCAGUACAAGAACACUGAUAGCGUUGUGGGAGUAUUCCAAACUAGACUACCUCAACUACUGAUCACCAGUCCAGAAUAUGCGCACAAGAUUUUUGUGAGUGACUUCCGCAGUUUCCACGACAACGAGAUGGCCAGGUUUACCGACAAAAAGGUAGACAAGAUCUUUGCCAACAAUCCGUUUGUAUUGACGGGUGAGGCCUGGAAGGAAAGACGUGCUGAAGUAACACCCGGACUUUCAGCAAAUCGGGUUAAAGCUGCCUACCCAGUAUCGCAGAGUGUUUGUAAAAAGUUUGUGGACUAUAUCAAGAGGCAGCUUUUGAUGGCUUCGUCCGAUGGACUGAAUGCCAAGGAUCUGUGCUUGUGCUACACCACCGAAGUGGUCUCCGAUUGUGUGCUGGGCAUCUCCGCACAGAGUUUCACCGACAAUCCCACACCGCUGGUGGGAAUGAUCAAGCGCGUCUUUGAGCAGUCCUUUGGCUUCAUUUUCUACAUGGUUGUGGCCAAUCUCUGGCCGCCAAUCAGAAAAAUCUACAGCGUUGGCCUGUUCGCCAAGGAUGUGGAGGAGUUCUUCUACGACAUCAUGCGGAAGUGCAUCGAAAUGAGGCGGGAUAAUCCGGUUCAACAGCGCGAUGACUUCCUCAACUACAUGCUGCAGUUGCAAGACAAAAAAGGACUGGACACGCUGGAGCUGACCUCGCAUACUAUGACCUUUUUAACCGAUGGGUUCGAGACCACUUCGCAAGUUCUGUCCCACGCCCUGCUCUUGCUGGGUCGCAAUCCGGAAAUGCAGAAUAAGUUGAGGAAGGAAAUCGGCACUGAAGAGCUGACCUUCGAGCAGUUGAGUGAGCUGCCCUAUUUGGAGGCCUGCAUUCACGAAACUCUGCGACUUUUCUCACCCAUGCUGGCUGCCCGCAAGUUGGUAACGGAGACCUACGAAUUCGUGAACAAGAACGGAGUGAGUGUGAAAGUGCAUCCCGGAGAUGUGGUCAUCAUUCCGGCCAACGCCCUGCACUACGAUCCUCAGUACUACGAAGAUCCGCAGUCUUUCAAGCCUGAACGGUUUUUGGAGAUCAAUGGGGGAGCCAAGAAGUACAGAGAUCAGGGCGUCUACUAUGGCUUUGGCGAUGGACCUCGCAUUUGUCCAGGCAUGCGGUUUGCACUCACCCAACUUAAAGCGGCGAUGGUGGAAAUCAUUCGAAACUUUGACGUCAAGGUUAAUCCCAAAACACGCAAGGAUAAUCGCUUCGACGAUACCUUUUUUAUGGCCGCCUUGAAGGGUGGCAUUUGGCUGGACUUUGUGGAGCGCAAAUAGUUACUCAAAAUUAAGCUUUUUUGCUACCCGUUUGCUUUUUAAAAUAUAGAAGUUGUUAAUCAAAUUA